AUGUCAGCAGCGAUGCACCACCAAGGGCACAGCAAGAGUGGGGGGUUCAAGAACCCCUCCAGCCCUGACCGGGCUUAUCAUAUCUUUCUCUCCAAAUUCGUUCACCGCUUCGUAAUUUUUGGUAUGCACAUGAUUUCUCGAAGCGAUAUCCUGCGUCCGGGGGGCUGUAAGGCUGUACGUGUAAGACGGCAAUCAUCACAGCCUGCAGCUGACUCAGCCAAUAGCGGGAACAAUGCCGCAGCACGACAGGCGCGGGCAGGCGUAUUUAUAGACCCUGACGUAAAGUAUAUAACAUAUCUUACGGAAGUCGACCUGAAGUUUUUGGCUGCAACAUUUCUCUUUAAGCUCAAGUCAAAGCCUCAAAACAGCAAUCAUUUCGAAUCGCUGCUCAUCGCACAUCACAAUGCCAAGCACAUCAAGAAAAUCAGGGCCCUGCGCCAACACAAAACGAAGAGAGCCGUCAGCGACCAGGUCCACAAGCACGAAGGACAAAGAGACGCAGUCGUCAUCCGUUGCAGAAAGCACAGCGUCUCAGCAUCGUGGUCGGCGCCAUGUAGGGGGCUGUCUCGCCUACGGGCCCGGUAUCUCUGGUACCGUGUAAGCACGCAAUUAGCAAGCCCCUUGGGCGCGUCGGCCCAGCAAAAAUGA